AUGAUCGAAAACUUCGAGUCCAAGAUAACCUUCGAAAUACCGACAAAUCUCGACUUUGACAAGCUGAUCCGGGGCAACAAUUACACGCUGUUCUGGCAGAACCUGCACCAGCAGCACCAGAGUGCGGCCCGGCUUGCCGGAGGCGCCACAUUCGGUGGAAUGGCCGAUGCCGGUGGGUUUGGUGGGCUCAGUGGUUCAUCCGGAACGUCCAGCCUGUUUGGAGGCAUCGAUUACAGCAAUGGUAGUAGCGAUUAUGGUCUGCUGAACAGCCUGCAAUCAUUCGCGAACCGUGGCCGAGAUGGGCUUGGUGGAGCCGGUUCCGAACAGCUGCUCGAUCCGACGUACGAGCGCUUCAUCGGUGACGUAUGGGUUGGCAUCGUGCUGACGCUCAUGAUCCUGUCGUCGAUCUUCUGCAUGUGCUCCUGCUUUCUGUACCACAAGUUCCGGCAGUGGCAACGCAACGUGCUUACCGCUCGUUCGCAAACCCUCUCCUCGAUGGACAUUGAAACACCGCCACCGUACGACGUGGAGUCACUGCCCAGCUACACGAUCGUGUCGGGUUUGCCUAGCUAUCAGGACGCGAUCGAACAGCUGAAACAGAAACAGUUGAAGUACUACGAGCCCGUCAAGGUUCACCGGCCCAGCGUCAUGAAGCUCUUCGAGUCACAGGAUCUACUUGGAGCGGCUCCUAAUGGUUCCGGGACACCAAAUCCGCCCAAACUCGAGGAGAUCCGGUACAACUUUGGGCGUCCUUUGUCCGUGCAGGAACAACCACCCGCAGAACCGACGACUAGCAGUGGCAACCCGGUGAACCCCGGAUCGGAUGGAGCUGACCCCUCGCAACCAGUGCCACCACCUCCGCCACCAUACAAGAGCCAAAUUUCCACCAUCUCGAUCGGUUCGAGUGAUCGUACGAUCGGCGCUGUCGUUGGUGGAUCGAUCGAGCAUGGUAUGCCUGUUGCGAUCCGUGUGCCGCAGAAGAAACACGACGUUGUGUGUCGCUACACGAUCGAGAACGAGCGGCUGGCGGGGCGCAGUUGA